AUGCUUAAAUGGGUUCAAUCAGGUUUAUCUGCUGUUGCAGGUACAGCAGAACCAGAAUAUGGUGCAGAUGCAAUUCAACCAAUUACUAACAGAAUUGAAAAUAAUCAAAUUUAUAGAACAACCAACGAAACAGAUUUUAAAUGGAUUUCUCCAAAUUAUACGAAUGUUGAAACUCAAACUUUUUAUUUCACUGAUUUAACUACUAAAAAUGUUGGAUUUGCUCAAAUUAUUCAUUCAAAUGUUAUGGGAGUUCAUACAACUGCUCAAUUUACAUUUAGAUUAUAUAAUCCUGAAAAACCUAAAGAAGUAAAUAUUUGGACUUCUACCAAAUUAGAAAAUUUUAGAAUUGAAGGUGCUAAUUUUUAUGCUGAUAAUUUAUCAUUAGAAAUUACUGAUAAUAAAAUUUAUAAAUUUAUUUCAAAAGUUCAACCUGAAUCAAUUAUUGAAUUUGAAAUGGAAAGAAUUAGUGAUGGGAUAAUUUUUGGUAAUGAUGGUUUUACUUAUUAUGGAGAAGAUCCAAAACAACCAUGGGGUUCAAUGAGACAUUUAUUUUGGCCAAGAUGUAAAAUUAAUGGUAAAAUUAUAACUAAAAAUUUUGGAGAAAUUAAAAUUGAAAAUGGUUUAACAAUGUUUGUAAUGGCUUUACAAGGUAUGAAACCACAUCAUGCUGCUAAAUCAUGGAAUUUUUUAAAUUUUCAAUCAGAAAAUUAUUCAAUUGUUCAAAUGGAAUUUACAACUCCAAAAUCUUAUGGUACCACAAAAGUUAAUAUUGGUAUAAUUGUUAAAAAUGAUAAAAUUGAAUAUGGAUUAAUAAACAAUGAAGUUGUACAUUUACAACCUGAAGUUGAUGAAGUUGGUUGGCCAGUACCAAAAGAAAUUGAAUUUAAAUAUUUACAAGAUGAUAAACAAGUUGGUUUAUGUAAAGGUAAAUUAACAAAUUUAAUUGAAAGAGUUGAUGUUAUGGCUGAAAUUCCUCAAUUUGUUAAAAAUAUUGUUUCAGGAGUAGCUGGUGCAAAACCUUAUAUUUAUCAAUAUUGUAAUGAAUUUGAGUUUGAAAAUGAUAAAGGUGAAAUUGAAAAAGGUAUUGGUUUUAAUGAAGUUACUUUUAUUUCAGAAUAG